AUGAGUCGACGACGUGUCGACACCCGGAGUUCCCUGGGGCCUGAUGAUGAGGUCAUGCCAUACAGUGACGAUGAGACAGAUGACGAAUUGGAAGAAGAAAGCUCUGAAGGGGAAGAAGAGGCACCAGAAAGAGCACCGCAACCCCAAGUGGAGACCAGACCCACUGACGUCACCUGGAAAGUGAAAGCCAAUGACCGACCCUAUCACCAGCUGCCAGAGUUUAAGAAAAAAGUCUUUCUGUGUAUAAAGAAGAGCAAAUACUCUGGAAAUGCCAUUAAGACAUACAAGUACAAUGUCUUGACCUUUCUGCCCCUGAAUCUGUAUGAGCAGUUUAAGAGAGUUGCCAAUAUCUACUUUCUGGCUCUGCUCAUCCUACAGAUUAUUCCAGAGAUUUCUACUCUGCCCUGGUAUACUACUCUGAUUCCCCUGGUCAUCGUGCUUGGAAUCACUGCUAUCAAAGAUCUGGUGGACGAUCUGGCACGCCACAGGAUGGACAACGAGAUCAACAACAGGAAGUGUGAGGUUCUACUAAAUGGCAGGUUUCAAGAGGCCAAGUGGAGGGAAAUCCAGGUUGGAGAUGUGGUUCGUCUCAAGAAAAAUGACUUUAUUCCGGCUGACCUCCUGCUGUUAUCCAGCUCCAACCCAAACAGCCUGUGUUAUGUUGAAACAGCUGAACUCGACGGCGAAACCAACCUCAAGUUUAGGAUGGGACUUCGAGUGACUGAUGAAAGACUUCAGGAGGAUCAUCAGCUCGCUGACUUUAAUGCCCUGAUCGAGUGCGAGGAGCCAAACAACCGUCUCGACAAGUUUACGGGGAUGAUGCUGUGGGACAGUGAGCGCUACCCUUUGGAACUGGAUAACAUGCUGCUCCGAGGUUGCAAGAUAAGAAACACUGACUGGUGUCAUGGGCUGGUCAUCUUUGCAGGAGGUGAUACCAAAAUCAUGAAAAAUGGUGGCAAGACGAGGUUCAAGAGGACCAAAAUUGAUGAACUGAUGAACUACAUGGUUUACACAAUCUUUGCACUGCUCAUCCUGGUGUCUGCGGGUUUGGCUAUUGGUCACACAUACUGGUAUGAGGCUAUCGGCACUAAGGCCUGGUAUCUGUUCGAUGGCAAAGAUCAGACCCCCGGCUACAGAGGCUUCCUUAGCUUCUGGGGAUACAUCAUCGUUCUCAACACCAUGGUGCCCAUUUCACUCUAUGUCAGCGUGGAGGUGAUUCGCUUGGGCCAGAGUAAGUUCAUCAACUGGGACCUGCAGAUGUAUUUUGCAGAAAAAGACACCCCAGCUAAGGCUCGGACCACCACCCUGAAUGAGCAACUGGGUCAGAUCCAGUACGUCUUCUCCGACAAAACAGGAACUCUGACGCAGAAUAUCAUGCAGUUCAAGAAGUGCACCAUCGCUGGACGCAGUUAUGGUACUGAGGAGAAAAUGGAAAGUGGUCCUUUUUAUUCUAAAAUACAACCGGUGGACUGGAGCUGGAACCGCUACGCUGAUAAGAAGUUCCAGUUCAUGGAUCAUUCCCUGGUUGCCCAUGUCCGAUCCAAGAAGGAUAAAGAUGCCAUGGAGUUCUUCAAACUGCUCUCCCUCUGCCACACCGUCAUGGUGGAGCACAAAGACGGUGAUCUCGUAUACCAGGCAGCGUCUCCUGAUGAGGGCGCCCUGGUCACAGCUGCCAGGAACUUUGGUUACGUGUUUCUGUCUCGUACGCAGGACACCAUGACCAUCAGAGAGAUGGAUCAGGAGAUGACCUACGAAAUGUUGGCGCUUCUCGACUUCAACUCUGACCGCAAGCGCAUGUCUAUCAUCUUGAAGUUUCCCGAUGGCCGUAUUCGUCUCUACUGUAAAGGAGCAGACACUGUCAUUUACGAGCGUCUCUCCCCCAGCUCCAAACAUAAGGAAACCACCCAGACUGCUCUUGAUUUCUUUGCCAACGAGACCUUGCGGACACUGUGCUUGUGUUACAAAGACAUCAGCGCUGAAGAGUUCGAAGCCUGGUCCAGGAGACACAAAGAGGCCCAGGUGACCAUGAAUGACCGCGAAGCUGCCCUGGACGCUGUGUAUGAGCAGAUCGAGAACAACCUGAUGCUAAUUGGAGCAACGGCUAUUGAGGAUAAACUACAGGAUGGAGUUCCAGAAACCAUUGCCAAGCUGGCUAAAGCAGACAUCAAGAUCUGGGUCCUGACUGGAGAUAAGAAAGAAACGGCAGAGAACAUCGGAUAUUCCUGUUCACUUCUGACAGACGACAUGGAGAUCCACUAUGGAGAUGAUGUCAAUGAGAAGCUAACCAGACGUCAGGCCAGCAGAAGGGAUGACCCUCAAGCUUACCGUCGAGGCCAAAAGAAAACGGCCGAACCUUUCUUUCCCGGAUCAAACAAAAAUGCUCUCAUCAUCACUGGAGGAUGGCUGAAUGAAAUUUUGUAUGAAAAGAAGAAGAAACGCCGUCGUCUGCGUCGUCUGCGUCUAAAGAGACGUCAACCUCCAAGCAACCCUCAGGACGGACAGCCGAUGGAUGAUUGGGAGAAAGAGAUGAGACAGAUUGACUUUGUGGAUAUGGCUUGUGAAUGCGAGGCGGUCAUCUGCUGCCGUGUAACACCGAAACAAAAGGCUAAUGUGGUGAGUUUGGUGAAGAAGUACAAGAAGGCUGUGACACUGUCCAUCGGAGACGGAGCCAACGACGUCAAUAUGAUCAAAACUGCAGACAUCGGUGUCGGUAUCAGCGGUCAGGAGGGGAUGCAGGCCGUCAUGUCCAGCGACUACGCCUUUGCUCAGUUCCGUUACCUGCAGCGCCUCCUGCUGGUGCACGGGCGUUGGUCUUACAUCCGAAUGUGCAAGUUCCUGCGUUUCUUCUUCUUCAAGAACUUUGCCUUCACUCUGGUCCACUUCUGGUACUCCUUUUUCAACGGAUACUCCUCACAGAUCACCUUUGAAGACUGGUUUAUCACACUCUACAAUCUGGCUUACAGCAGCUUGCCUGUUCUACUUGUUGGACUUCUUGACCAGGAUGUCAACGACAGACUGAGUUUAAAAUUCCCCAAACUCUACAUUCCCGGUCAGCAGGGGACGUUGUUUAACUACAAAAACUUUUUCAUCAGCUUGUUCCACGGCAUCUUCGUCUCACUCAUCAUCUUCUUCAUACCUUAUGGAGCCUUCCUGCAAACCAUGGGGCAAGACGGAGAAGCCCCCUCAGACUAUCAGUCCUUCGCUGUCGUUGCUGCCUCGUCCUUGAUUUUUAUCGUGAAUCUGCAGAUCUCCUUGGAUACCUCCUACUGGACUUUUGUCAACUGCUUUGCAGUUCUGGGCAGCAUAGCCAUCUACUUUGGGAUUAUGUUUGACAUCCACAGUGCUGGGAUCCAUGUCAUCUUCCCCUCAGUUUUCACCUUCACAGGGGUAGCACCAAAUGCUUUACGUCAGCCGUACCUAUGGUUAACCAUCAUCCUUACUGUGGGCAUCAGCCUUCUGCCUGUCAUCUGCAUCCAGUUUCUCUCUAAAACCAUCUGGCCCUCUGUAGGAGACAAGGUCCAGAGGAACAGAAAGAAAUACGAGAUGGAGCUGAAGGAAGACGACGAUAAGAAAAAGCCAGCGCCCUUCCAGCGAGGCCGGCGUUCCCGGCGAUCUGCAUACGCCUUCUCCCACGCCCAAGGCUACGCUGACCUUAUUGCAUCUGGGCGGAGCUUUCGACGGCGCCCACAGGCACGUGGUGGACCUCAAGAGAGUAUCAGGGAGAUUCCCCGGAGAGAGGCCGAAAAUAUCUGAAGGGGCGGGUCUGAGUCUGAGACGGAGCAAAACUGCAGCAGGGGGAGCUGUAAAUAUUUGGGAGUGCAAGGAGCACUUAGUUAUUCUAUUGCAGUUUAAGAACAUUUUUCCCUAUAAGGUAUUCUGAGCAUGCCAGAAGGGAAUAAAAGAAAAUGAGCUCUCCUGAAGUUUCUUAAAUGAAACUCUGCUAAAUUGUUUUUCGCUCCUGUCUGUGACCUAGACUCCCCGCCUCCAGAUGCACCUCUAUGCACAAACUUUGCUGAAAUACUAAAGCGAAAAAAGCUCACCGAAAACGACCGUCGUUAUGAGGUCUGAGGUCACGCAGCAUCUGUGUGACUGAUAAUGUUAUUUAACUCAGGAUUUUAAAAGAGUCUUAUUUUUAGUCAGUUUAUCCCUGCUAAGUCUUUCUGUACUGUAACACUAAUAUAAUAAUUUUGAUUUUGAGUUUUAGCCUUGUGUCUACAGCACACUUGACAUAUUAGUGUUUUCGUUAAAAGUAUAAGAAUAAUAUUUCAGGUAAUUAAUCUGUACUACAUGAAAUCAGGCUAAAGCAUCGGUUAGUUUGAUUUCCGUCCGUUGAUCUCCAAAGAUUUUCCUUCACAUUAAGCUAGUGGGCUAAAGUUAAACAAGUCAAGAUAUCAUCUUUUUAAUAUUUUAUUCUACAUAAUAGUGGGACGUUACUAUGCUAGGCAAUGCAGGGUGGUCAGAUGUUAUAAAGUGUGUCUUAAUUUAACAGUAAGAUGUGAAUGGUGAUCUUUUCUCCUCUGCAGCAUCAAACCAGGUAUACUUAGAGUAAUCACUAAAUUAAGGUACUUCAUGCUUGAAAUCUUUUAAAUACCUCUUUCCAAGUUGGAUCCUUGUUUUGUUCGGUGCCUUACAUUUAAAAAAAAAAAAAAAAAACUUUCCUCCUCCAACAAUCUUCAGAGCUUACUUCAGAAAUAGAGCAAGGGUUUGUCGGUUUAUCUUCAUUUGAUUAACUCUUACUAGUUUGUACGUUCCUUUCUGUUUUUACAAAUUAUUCCAAGUUAACUUACAUGUUCUUUAGGUUCAAACAGGAGAAUUCUGAGUGUGAGUGCGUAUGUGUGUGUAUGUGUAUGUUUGUUUCAUUUUGUUUACAAUCAACCCAAAGAAAAUGUCUUUUUUUUCCAGUCCUCUAAUCAGGUUUAGAAUAUUGAGGAGCCAAGACUGAUGAUAGUUCCUGUUCUGACUGUUACUGUAUCCUUUUCAUGCUAGUGUUACUGUCUACAGAUGAUGUCUUUUUAUUCCUGAAUGAAUGGAACAGUCGAUCAGGACUGCUGUUAAGUACCAGCAGCAGUAUGGUCUUUGAUGUAUGAUGGUGUUUUAUCAUGUGGUUGUUAAUAAAA